AUCAGUCUUGUUUAAAUGAAGCAGUGGCAAAAAGGAAGUCGGAUUAUGUUCAUUCCUUUUUUGAAGGGUGUAAACAGGUGAUUCACUGGAACUCACCAAAGAAGCUGCGAGUGAAAAACAAGCACGUGGAGUUUUUCCGCAACCUCUACCUGACAUUCCUGGAAUAUGAUGGUAAUUUGCUGAGACGGGAACUCUUUGGCUGCCCCAGUGAGGCAGACGUUAACAGUGAAAAUCUUCAGAAACAGCUGUCUGAGCUGGAUGAGGAUGACUUAUGCUACGAAUUUCGUCGAGAGCGUUUCACUGUCCAUCGCACUCAUUUGUAUUUUCUACAUUACGAGUACGAACCUGCUUCAGACAACACUGAUGUGACACUGGUGGCUCAACUUUCCAUGGACAGGCUCCAGAUGCUUGAAGCCAUCUGCAAACACUGGGAAGGUCCAAUCAGCCUGGCACUUUAUCUUUCUGAUGCAGAAGCCCAGCAAUUUCUGCGCUAUGCCCAGGGAUCGGAAGUGCUUAUGAGCCGCCACAAUGUUGGCUACCACAUCGUGUACAAGGAGGGCCAGUUCUAUCCUGUGAAUCUGCUAAGGAAUGUGGCCAUGAAGCAUAUCAGCACACCCUACAUGUUUCUGUCCGACAUUGACUUCUUGCCCAUGUAUGGACUCUACGAGUACCUCAGGAAGUCCGUGAUCCAGCUAGACUUGGCUAACACCAAGAAGGCUCUGAUUGUACCUGCUUUUGAGACCCUACGCUACCGCCUCUCCUUCCCCAAGUCAAAAGCAGAGCUGCUAUCUAUGUUGGACAUGGGAACCCUCUUCACAUUCAGGUAUCACGUCUGGACGAAAGGGCACGCGCCAACGAACUUCGCCAAGUGGCGAACAGCCACCACCCCUUACCGCGUCGAGUGGGAAGCUGACUUUGAGCCAUACGUUGUUGUGAGGAAGGACUGCCCGGAGUAUGACAGGCGGUUUGUUGGAUUUGGCUGGAACAAAGUAGCUCACAUCAUGGAACUGGAUGCACAGGAGUACGAGUUCACGGUGCUGCCCAACGCCUACAUGAUCCACAUGCCGCACGCCCCCAGCUUCGACAUCACCAAGUUUCGCUCCAACAAGCAAUACCGCAUCUGUCUCAAGACCCUGAAGGAGGAGUUCCAGCAGGACAUGUCGCGACACUACGGUUUCGCAGCCCUCAAAUAUCUCACGGCAGAGAACAACAGCUAGCACGAGGAAGCCCGUGUGUGGGAAACGGGGAGGAGAAGCCGCUCAGCGUUUGAGGCCCGGCCUUCGAACUGAGAAAUACUUUCUGUUUUUAUAUCGUACUCGGCAGUUCUAACAAUAGAAAUUUGAAGUGACGUGUCUUCGGACUAUGCUCAUUGGUCCCUUCCCCAGCUACCCCUAAAGCCUUUCAGCUUUAGCAUUCGUGAGGUGUCAGCAAGAGGGGCCGGCCGCACGCCCGCCAUGCCGCCGGAGGUGGGGACUGGGCAGGGGCUGGGAAUGCACUCCGCUCUCUUUAACUGCAGAGCAAAGACAGACCUUCAGAAUAUAGGAUUUCAUGUUGCUAUUUAAUAAUUUGACAUGCUUUUUAUCUGUAAAGGA